AUCGAAAUUUCUAUGUUAUUAAGUCUACAUUUGGCAUAAAUGCAUAUGUUUUCGAAGAGAAAUAGAGUUAAACUUUCCAUACAGUUUAUUUUUUGAGUCCAAGAGGCUGUGAUGAGAAAAAUAUCACUUGGAUAGUUUUACGAAGUUGACAAGCGCUGGACUGCAGGGGUUUUUCCGUGCCUGGAAGAAGACUCAAGAUGCCAGGAAGACUGUGGAGCAAGGCUAUCUUUGCCGGGUACAAGCGUGGCCUGAGGAACCAGCGGGAGCACACCGCCCUGCUCAAGGUGGAGGGAGUUUACACAAGGGAGGAGGUUGACUUCUACCUGGGCAAGCGUUGUGCUUAUGUCUACAAGGCUAAGAAGAACACAGUGACGCCUGGUGGCAAGCCCAACAAGACGCGUGUAAUCUGGGGCAAAGUCAUGCGCGCUCACGGCAACAGUGGAAUGGUGCGGGCCAAGUUCAGCAGUAACCUCCCCGCAAAGGCCAUGGGACACAGAAUCAGAGUGAUGCUGUACCCGUCUCGUGUGUAAUUUACUGUUUUUGUGUACAUACAAUAAACAACUCAGUUCCACAA